GGAGAGCAGACAUGAUGAGACAACUGGUGCUGGUACUGGGCUUACUGGUGAGCGCUCACUGUGAGGUGAGAGCACGAGACCCUGAGGUGGAGGAGGACGAGGAGGAGCUGGGAGCAAGAGGAGGAAGAGGAGGAGGAGGAGCAGCGUCUCCCCUCAACCUCGAGAGGCUUCACCCCGUGGCAUCAGAGACCCCUCCUUUGGGAGACAGAGGGAACUACCCCGCCCGAACCGGGAACUGGUGUGCGUUCGUGCAGAGGCGUGUGCUUACCAUGGCGGUGGCGUGUGGAACAGAGAAGUACACCAUCAAGUCUCAGAGCCCAUGUCCGAGUGGGACGCCCGACUGUCAGCUGGUCAUGUACAAGCUGUCCACCCGGCUAAUCUACAGUCAGAGGCAGCAGAUCUCCACCGCUCUGCUGUGGCGCUGCUGUCCGGGACACGGAGGACACAACUGUGAGGAUGCAGGUGGGUCAGCAGGAACAUCGCUUUGUCGUUACCAGCGAAGGAAGAAGUUCUCAGAUGUUACUUCAGUAAAAGUAGUAAUACCACAGUGUAGGAAUACUAUGUUAUUGCAGAUGCUAACUAUUUCUAUAUUUAGUCAAUAUUUACCUUUGACAUGUGGUGGAGUAGAAUCAGAAUGUUCUUUUCUUCAUCUAUCCACCUUUGUGUGUGUUUCAGGUUUGCAGCAGCAGCUCAAGCAGCGGCUCAACCAGCAGCGCGGCGACCCGAACAGCGAACAGAACGACCACCAGGAGCUGUAUGACACCGGCUACCAGGACAACCAGCACAACACCACACACCCGGCCCUGGAUACGGACCACCACCGCAACCCCAACCCCCCCCAUCCCACACCACACCAAACCACGUAUGACCAUCACCCCCAUCACCCCCAUCAACCCCAUCAACCCCACCAGCACCAUCAGCACCACGGGCAGCAGGAACCCCACCUUCCUGUUGAGGAGGUGGAUGCUGACUCCCUUCCAUACCCAGACGCUCCUGCCGUCCUCCCCGUCCCCCACAUGAUGGCCCUGGUCAUGUCCCAGCUGCAGCCGGUCCUGGAGGGCUUCAACCGCUCACUGGAGCACCUGAGUCGGCAGGUAGGGGACCUGGCCCGUGACGUGGCCCAGCUGAAGAGCAGUCAGCUGGAGGUGGAGAUGCAGUCAGGGCCCCCGGACAGACCGGAACUCGAUGAUGCAGCAGAGGAGCGCCUAGAUGCCAAACUGGAUAAGGUGUUUCAGCAUGUCAGGGAGGUCCGGAGGCAGAUGGAGAGCCAGUGGACAGACAUGGAGAUCAGGCUGCACUCCCAGCAUGCAAUGCUACAUUACAACCUCACCAGCUUCAAGACGGACAUCGACAUGAAGCUGAAACACCACCAGAAGAUGUUGCAGGUCAGCCUGCAGGCCAUGAAUGCCACACUAACUGAGCUGAAGCUGGACCAGGACCAGGAUCAGACCACUGAGGAUCAGUUGGAGGAUCUUCCCCCUCCUCCCUCCCCGCUGACCCCUCACCCGCCGAUGCAGCCCUCAUACACCGCGGCACUCUGGGAGGCCGUCGAGCGGCUGGACAACAUGGUGGUCAACAACACAGUGAAGGUGGACGGCCUGAUGGAGGACGUGGAGGUGAACUCAGGGGAUGUCGAGCAGCUGAGGCGAGACUUGAAGGAGCUGGAGAAGCACAUCAACCGGACGGCCAGGACCAGUCAGAUCCAGUUCAUGGAGACGGGGCUGGAGGUGGAGGCGGCGAGGGAGGUCGUGUUAGGGCGGGUGGGCGAGCUGGCGGGGAACCUCAGCCACCAGGGCAAGCGGCUGCAUGAAAUGGAUGUGGGCAUGGACUAUUUGUACAAAGCCUUCUACAAGCACAACUCCUCCACAGGCUGCGACUGCAAGGCGCUAAAGGCCGCCAUUGCUCGACUGGAGAGGGGCGUGGCUAAUGUGACGGAGCUGGCCAAUGAGAAUAGACUAGCCCUGGACGAGGAAAGCGAAGGGGGGGCGUGGCAGUGGGGCGGAGCAGGCGACUGGGAGCCGGCAGUGGAGACACUCCAAUAUGGCCUCCAGCAGGUGAAGGAGUCUCUGGUCUCAGAGCACAACAGGACCAAGACUCUGGAUCACAGCCUGACCCGGCUGAGCAGCUCGGUGAUGGUCGCUCUGGCCGAGGUCUCGGGCCUGAAGGAGGUGGACAGGAAGGUGGUGGUGGAGAUGCAACACCUGUCCGGCUCCUUCAAGUCUCUGCUGAUGGACGCCAUCCGACACAGCGACGUGCUGGAGCUGCUGCUGGGGGAGGAGGUGCUGGAGUUCCUGGAGUGGCCCGUCCAGGACCAGCAGGCCCACUCCAUCCCAUCUCUGAAGGAGCAGCUGAGGCUCCUGAAGGAGAAACUGAGAGGACACAACCUGAGCAUCACCUCCCUGCUGGGCAACACGCCAGGGGAUAGAGAGGAGCUGCCAUCUGCUGACCAGCCCUCCUCCUCCUCAUCCCAUCUUCUCUCUGACGACUGGCUCCCUGGAAACAUGAGGGUGAACAGCGGUAAAGUUCCAGCCCGUGAGCGCCAGCUCCUCCUGCACCCCGAGGGGAGGCGUCCGCAGCACGGAGGAGACGGCAGUGAUCUGUGGAAUCUGGAGAAAACAGUGGAGGAACUGAGGCUGAAGGUGCUCCGGCUAGAGGAGAAAUCCUGUAACGCUUCAGCUGAGAAGGAGGCGCCGCCCGGUGACGUGGAGUCUAAACUGCAGGUGGAGGUGAUGUGGCUGAAGAGGGGGCUGGAGGAACAUCUGAGGGUGUUCAAGAACGUCUUCAGCAACGCCGACGUGUUGGUGGGAUCAGACGCCACGCUGGAGCUCGACAAACUGUGGCAGCUGGUGAAGAACAAAGACGGAAAGAAAGAGAAGAAGAGAGGAGGAUCAGGAAGAGGAGGAAGCCAUCGGAGCAGGAGGGAGACCUCAGGUGUUGCUUCUGUCCCGCCCAGCCUAUCGGGAGACUCCCUGCUGCUUGUGGCUGGAUCUCCUUUGAGCAUCUCGAACAGCGUCAUCGCGUUUGAAGCAUCACUGAACCGGGGUCAGUUUUACUCCGACACCGGCACCUUCGCAGCUCCGCUGAACGGGAUCUACCUGUUCGUCCUCACCUUGGACCUGAGGCCUGGCCCCACCCACGUGGUCCUGAGGAGGGGCUCAGGCGGAACUCCAGUGUCUCUACACCGCCGGGAGGUGACAGUUGCUGGGCCGGUCACCGAUGUGGGCCUCCUGCCGCUUAGGGAGGGGGAAGAGGUGAGGCUGGAACUGAAGGGAGCAGUAUGGGCGAAGUCAGAGGACAAUGUGUUCACCAUACUGCUGCUCCACCGGACCAUCUGAUGCAUGGAGGAAAGACACUGAUCAGAGACUCUGGGAGUUAAAACAUAUUCAAACAUAUUCCAGUUAGUGGAGGUUUAUUCCAAAGCACCCUCAACCCUUAAACCACCACUCAGCUCUGAUGAAUCUGCAGGCUGAAAUCUUGAUAGCCAUACCUCCAACUUGUCAAACUAGGAAAGGUCUGAAAGAAAUUCAAAGAAACAAUUAAACUGAGAUUCAACUGCAUGUUCUCAGUUUCCUCGUUUGUGUCUUCCGACUCGCUCCCAUUGCCACUUACUUCAAGCAAAGCUUCGAACUGUUUGUUUCGGUGUCUUUGUGUUCAGUACAGAGCUGGAGUCAGGCAGUUUUUUUUGCUUAUCUUUGCAUAAAGACUAGAAGCACAUAGAAAACAGCUGGCCUGGCUCGGUGUUUGCCCCUGCUUGCAGUGUUUAUCCUAAGCUAGGCUAACCACAUCCUGACUCAAGCCCCAAAACAAUGACAUUACUUAAUGUCAAAAACUCAAUGACAAAACGCUUUAAUAUAAGUCAGAAGUGUUUGAUUUAUCUGGUUGGUCUGCUUACUGUUACACUUGACUCUCACGUGCUGUUGACCCUACAGUGUCACUUUAACCUGAGUCCUAAUUAUUCUUCAGCUUCCUCUGCUCAUCUUCAGAAACACAUCUGACCACAGAUCAGCUGCUGCCGACAGUUUCUCUCUGAGGCGGAGGAGAAAAGUUAAACAUGUCUGUAAAAGUCAUCACAUUGUCUGUCUUUUAAGGGAAUUUUUUUAUUUUACAUAAAGACGUUUGUAUCUAAAGUCACCUGUAUGUGUAAUGUUUGUAAAGUACCAAUAUAGUAAGGUAAAAACACAGAGCAGUAUAUGUUAUAUAUAUAUUUAUAUAAAGGAACAGCUGAGCCGUCUGUUGGUGUAAACAAAGUCAUGAAUGUGUUUAUAGAAAAGUCAGAUGAUAGAACAUUCUUAUCUAAACUGUCAGUGUGUAACUUAAUAAAAAUGUUUUAUCUACAGAAGUUGCUGUAUUGUCCAUGAUACAAAGUAAUGUAAAAUAUGAAAAAAGCCAUAGUAUAGCAUGUUUGAAAAAAAAGUCGUACAAAAGUCACAGUAUAGCAUGUCGAAAAAGUUGUAAAAAGUAAUUGAACAGUAUGUCGAAAAACAUAGUAUAGUACGUUAAAAGUCGCAAAAACGUAGUAUACUAUGUCAAAAAAAGUGAAAUGAAAAUAAUGUAUAGUACGUUGUAAAGUUUGUCAUGAAAAAGGUCAAAAGGUCAUGGGAUAGUAUGCCAACAUAAGUCUGGGGGUAAGAUUUGGACUUUUACUUGUAUCAGAGUAUUUCUACGCUGUGGUAAAACUACUUUGACUGAAGUAAAAACAUCUGAAUACUUCUUCCAUAAACACUGAUUCAACAUGUGGAGGAAACACUGAGGCACCUGCUGCCAAGCUGUGUUUGGAAAAUAGCUUUCUAAUUAUUAUAAUUAGUUUCAGGUGUUUGAUGUGUAAAUUGUGACUCAGCAGCUUCAACAGCUGAUGAUUUCCUCCUGAAAUAAAUCAGACACUUUUCCUUUAAACAUUUUAAUCAUCGUAUCAUCUCUGUUAAGUCUACAAUGUAGAAAAAUAAGCAUAAAAAAUAUACCAAAAAUCAACAAAAUAAAAUCUGGCAAAGCAAAAACAAACAGCCCGUCAACUUUGACAUGGUGAAAAAAUAACUUCAUCACUAUCAUUAUGAACUCAGGACUGGUCUGAACUCUAAUUCAAUUCAAUUAAAAUGUAUAUUCUGUAACGUAGACAUCCUGUCAGUCUAAAUACAGAGGAGAGUUCAGAGCGACGUUGUGGCUUCAGCGAUGGAGAAUCAAUAAAUCAGGAAUAACUGAGUUAAUAUUUAGUUCUUUGUUAUUUUUAAACUAUAACUACCAAUGUCUUCAGGUGAAAUGAUUCACAAUGAAUGUUUGACUCCACUUUCUGUGUAUUUUCCGCUCAGCUGGAGCACCGGACGAGCUGGAGCAGCCUCUGAGUUCUUGGCAGUAGGACAUAUCAGCUCUGCAGAAGUUAUUAAAACAGCAUUCUCGUUUAAAGGUGUUCCUUCAUGAAUCUAUUAAACCGAUAUAAAGACAUCAGUACAAAAACAAGCCCGUGAACGUAAACGCAGAGCAUCUCCCUCAACAACGGGAGACUGUCGACAGAAACCAGCAACAAGCACAUGAAAUAAAUCUAUCUUCAACACUUCUGAAGUGCACUAAAUAGUUUUUAGGGUUAAAUGCAGUUGAGUUGCUGCGCUAAGAAAGAUCUGCAUAUAUUGUUGUGACAGUAAAUGUACACCAAAGUCUCUCAAGGCUAUAAUAAAACAUCAUGCUAAAUAUUAGCUG